AUGCCCAAAAAGUCUCCCCCUUCCUCCUCCGAGCUGGAAUUCAAGUCUUACCACGAUUAUAACGGCGACCGUCCGGUACAAACCCUGAUAUUUCAUAACAAUGGCUCUUCAUGGUGGAUCAAAGUUGUCGUGGACUGGUCACUGCCGCAAGUGAUAGUGGAUUUGGGCUAUCUCCAACGCCGGUCUAUCCCUCGAAGAUUUCUUGAAGCAGUUGAUUUCGGCCAACUGCGGCUGUUGGAGGAUACUGUGACAAUGAUUACCUUGAACUUGACUAAGCAGAGCCAAAACUCGAUCACAAUACGAGAUGGGUAUCAAACCUCAGCAAACUAUUUUAUUUCUGCUGCUGGUCAAAUGUGCUACGAGAUCACGGAAGAUCCAAAGAGAGUCACGUACCCGACUUUAGAUCGAAAUAAAUGCCUACCAACAGUUGAGGCUAGUUCUCUGCAGAAUAUCGAGGCCAUCGCUCCAAGGGUCUCCACAGUUAUAUUUAAGCAGCAGAAAUUUGCUUUUAAAACGAUCGACCACCCCAUUUACGAGCCCGGAGACACUGAUCAUAUCUUAGACGAGAUCGAUGCCCUUACACAACUCCACGGACAGCCAAACAUUGGGCAAUUAGUAGGACUAGUCGUAUCGGACAACCCGUACAAGACAUACCAGUCAACCGACCUACCAGUUGUGGUUAGAGGGUUCCUUCUCGAAUACUACCCCAAAGGGUCACUUGAGCAAAUCAUCGCGGAGGAUAAACUCCGAAAUGGUUCUUUAUUGAUACAAUGGGCUCUACAGAUUGUUAGAGCGUUAGAAUCAUUGCAUAAGAGAGGUCGAAGUCAUCUUGACAUUAAGCCCUCAAAUAUUGUUUUUGAUGACAGCGAAGAUGCCAUCCUCAUCGAUAUCAGUGGGACCGGCGGUUAUACGUUGGAAUGGAUCUCUCCAGAGAUGCAUAUUUACCUUCAACAAGAUGGUGAAAUAGCAGCUGCCAACGCUCCAUUUGGAAUGCGGAUUGCUACAGACUGCUGGGCUUAUGGAAGAGUACUCUCGACAAUUGCCGAGAAAAGUGACAUUCGGGCAAGCGAAAUGCUGCAAUCAGUUGCUAAUGAUCUGACGGUGGCAGGCCUCGAAGCUCGCAUUUCAUUACGUGACGCUCUUACAAAGCUCGAAGAAAAGAAUGAUGAACGGUGGCCAUAG